AUGUUAUGGGGAAAAACAUGGUGGAUCGGGAGUUUCUCUGCAUCUAUAUGGAAUCUGGCUUCAGCUUUGAGGAGCCUAUGGUAUAUUCAUGUUAACAAGGAAAUUUUAUGGGUGAAAUGGAUCCAUGGGAACUACUUAAAGUAUAGGGAUAUAUGGCAUGUAAUGGCUAAAAAAGGGGACUCUUGGAUGUGGAGGCAGCUGAUUAAGUGCAGGGAUAAACCUUUGAAUGUUACUGGAGGGAUUGACAACUUGAAACAAAUUCUCAGUACUUGCUAUAAGAACUCUAAAAUGCAGUUAUCAGCAGUUUACACUGUUUUUUCCCCUGUUUCACAUAUUGUUCCCUGGUACAACACAGUGUGGGGGAAGUUGAAUUUUCCGAAGCACUUAUUUGUGUUGUGGCUUGCGAUGCAGAAUAGAUUAUUUACACAGGACAUAUUGCUGAGAAGAGGAGCCAUAAACACAAAUGCUUGCCUAUUGUGUGCAGGUGCAGCUUCUGAGAGCAGAAACCACUUGUUCUUUGAUUGCUCAUAUUCAAGGGAUGUGUGGUUAACCAUCAUGGACUGGCUCAAAAUGAACUGA